AUGUGGAAAGUUUGUCUGUUGUUCGUUGGAGCUGUGAGUGCGCAGCUUGUAGAAUAUGACAUUAACGAGGAAGAAUGCAGAAAAGCGGGCUUCGUACCAGAAGAUUUACAGUGUGGCACAUGCGAAAAAUUGGGCGAUUUUCAUCUUGAAAGAUUAAUGACUGACUGUAUGAAAUGCUGCACCAAAGAGCAGGAAUUCCACCAUAACAAGUACCCAUUUGCUGUUCUGGAAGUCUGCGACUGUAACUUAGCUCGAUUCCCCCAGAUUCAAGCUUUUGUCCACAAAGACAUGGCAUCUCAAUGGUACGGAAAAGUCAAAGUUAAACAAGUUCGCGGAGUCCGCCCUACAGUCUUACUCAAGGACAUCUCUGGCGUUACGAAAGAAACACUGAAUGUUGAGCAGUGGGACACUGAUACACUCAUCGAUUUCUUUAAUCAAUGGAUCGAAUAG